CACGAGGCAGGAGGUGCUCCCUCUAAUCCUGGUUGCGACGCCAGACAGCUUUGCACCGGCUGCUACAAUAGACUUAAUGGAGGCUCAAGCAGACUCUAGUGUUGCAGAGCCACUUAGAGACAGAGAGUUUCAGAAGCUUCUAAAGUCAUCCAGCUCUGCCUGUCUAACCAGUGAGGCAUCCCAUAAUGCUUCAGGAGCGCAGCAUGUUGGUACUCCAGCACAUCACAGCAGCCAGGUGCUAAUCACAGAGAAGCGACAGCCUCUGAGCAGUGUGUCCUCACUAGAGGUCCACUUUGAUCUCCUGGACCUGACGGAGCUCACAGACAUGUCUGACCAGGAACUUGGAGAAGUAUUUGCUGACUCUGAUGAAGAGAAUCAUAUAGAAUCUCCAGCGAUUCACCCCGCAGAUCGCCAGCAGCCCCCGUUGCCUCGAUUUCCACACAGUGGGUACGUCCGCUCGCCCUCCUGGACUCGUGGUGGAAAGGGAGAACAGCAGUCAAGGGACCGAAAGCACCACAGCGACUCAGACAACAACACAGAGCCUAUGUUGAAGAUAGAGCGCUCUCAAUCCCAGCAGCCUUGAGCCAGGGGCCGCUACAGGGGCUCAGGAAAAAGCCCUUACAUGGGGAAUAGAGGUUCUUCCUCAAGCAAAGAAAAGACGAACUUCUGGGAAAGAAAGACACUGCAAUCCCACCUAAAGAAAAAGCCACCCCUUUGCCCAUUAUGAUGGGUAAGGAGACAGCUCCAAUAAGCUGGGGUAAGUGUAGAUUCAAGACGGAAAUGACUUCAUCCAACCAGGUUCUUGGGAGGCUUCUGUGUGACUUACUCACAUCUUUCUUCUCCAUUUGUCUACUGCAUAUGGAGAACUUGAAGCAUGAUGUAGCAUUACGGACAAUACUGACUGAACUAACGGAAGAGAUAUGUGAAUCGGAAGACUUUCAGAGUGAUUUUAACCCCUCAUCGACCAGGAAUGUGUCAAAUCAGAAUUUGUCAGUUGUCAUAAGACACGUUCAGAGAGGCUACAGCAUGGUUCAAGACAUGCCUGUGUAAAGGGUCCAAAAAGAGGCUGCAAACAAAAGUGUCCUUCAGAGAUUCUGCAUGGAAACUGGACGACUCGGAGAGAAAUAUUUUGUUGAAAAACAGUUCAUGCUUAAAGGGAUAGUUCAACCAAAAUCCAAAUUCUGUCAUCAUUUACUCAUCUUCGAGUUGUUCCAAACCUGUAUAGAUGUCUUUGUUCUGGUAAACACAGAGAAAGAUAUUUGGAUGAAUGCUUUUAACCAAACAGUUCUGGACCCCAUUGACUACCAUAGUAGAAAAAAAGAAGAGAUUUCGAAAGAUGUAGGGAAGCCAACAGUUCUGGGGCACUUGCCAUUUUGCCUACUUUAUGAAAUGAUGACAGAAUUUACAUUUUUGGGAAAUCUGUCCCUUUAGUGCCAGCAACAUACUCUACACAACGACAUGAAUCCUAACACUUUUAGCUCUACAACCUCAAAGCCACCACUGCAUUUCAAAACACAUCCGAAAUCAGUUCAUAAUGUAUCACAGGUGUUAGUUGCAUUUCCACAUGGGGAGCCAUAAACAAACACAAUGUGUUGACUUGAUGUUCACAAAGUAACAACCAUUCACAUUGAUGUUUUCCUUCUUGUGUAGGGUAUGUUUCUGACCGACCUUAUCCAGUAUAGCAAUUGAUGUUGCACUUAAAUGAAAGCAAUAUGUUUAUUUUGAACCACCCUGGACAAAGUAAUAAUGUUGCAAAGUGUCAUUUCUAUCAAGACAAUUUAAAUCAACUGGUUCAAUUGUGUCCUAAAUUGGUUCUAUUGUGUCCUAAAAUGGUUUGUGUCCUUAAAUGUGCCAAAUACAGAUAUUAAAGGAAAACUGCA